CUGUUUGUUUUUUGGUCUUCUUACCCAAUCCAAAAUGAAAAAAAGCUAAGUGAACUUUAGUCUCACUGUUUAAACAGUCUGGUGUAUAAAUUCGCCUCAUCUAUUUUGAACAAGGCCACAUCUUGAUUUUCUCUCAUCAUUCUUUUCUUGCUUGAAAAUGGGAGCCGAAGUUUCUCAACAGCAGAGAGAAAUUAGUGUGGUGCCAUGGGUUCAUGGUUUCUUCGCUUCUCAACAGUGGAAUGGAUUUGAAAUUGACAGUUCCCUGGAGAGGUUUUCUGGAAACAACUCUGUUGCAGAGCUGAAUAGAUACAGAGACGAGGUCUUAUUCAGCGGAGGAAUGGCUGAGGCAGCGGGGAUUGUGCAGACGUUGAGUGGUCCACUGGGUGGAUUCGGCCAGAUAUCCAAUUCUGUUGGUUUGGUGGCUUUGGUCAUUUCCAUGAUUUUAGAGAAUGUGGCAAAAAACAUGGGGAAACAAACAAUGGGCACAGCGGAUCUACUACGAAGAGUGUUUGCUGAGGAGAAAGCCAAUGAGGUCAGAGAUCUUAUGGACGAAUAUAUUAAGCAACUGAGGAUCAACUUGAGGGAUCAGGCUGGCCUGAUUGAAAGCACCAAGCGACUACAAUCCCAACUUAGCACCCAGCUCACCAGACUAGAGAACUCCAUGGUGAAGGACAACCAGAUAACCAUGAGUGCUCGGCACCUUAACCAGUGGAUGAACGGAGCUGCCUUUCACACCCAGAUGAUGAUCCAUCUGGAACGGUUAGAGGAGACAGAUGGAACCAAGGCAAACACAGUCGCUGGUAUUUACCAACAGCAAGCUGGCAUUCUUCUGGACAAAUACAAGAGUCAUCUAAAGGAGAAUUUAAAGACAGAGAUGAUAUCUUAUUAUGUUCCGGAACAUUACCAAUAUCCAGGCCUUUCCAAUGACUUCCAUUAA